CACAACGCUCCACUAUCUCGAGCUCAAAAUGGGUUGAUCUUCAGAAGAGAAGAGUCAUGACUACACAUCAAGGUCAUGUUUAUCUAUUCAUCAGGUGACUCACAAGGGCUAACUAGCCAAAGGCUCGGUUUGAUCCCUGUAUACGCAUACUUCGCAUACUUCUCACCACCAAUCUCUUACACAACCCGCUCCCUCUAUCAUGGAGGAACCCCUGCGUCCCAACAAAGCAGACUUCAACCGAGGUCUCCGCGAAAGCUAUCAGCAAUGGUCCUCCUAUAUCACCCCCCCCCCCCCAAAUCUCCCCUCCCUCCUCCCGCAGGAAUGUCUCAAUUUAAAGGGCCUUCUGCAGCGAACGCCUUCCUUCCUCGGAUGCGGCCUUUUUCCUGAAGAUACUCAGAUUCCUCUAAGUCUACUAGAAAUAGAAUCUCGAGAAGGCCAGUACACUCUAGUCACGAGUUGUCGCUCAAUCUGGCGGACAUCCACCAACCCCGAACAAUGUCCCCUGCCCCCCAAAGCCAUGCCUGCCCGGCUUGUAGUGGGCGUGCAGAGCUCACUCGCCGUGCAUCUGUCCGACUCGGCACCUUUGGCAGCGUGGCCGGGUACUCAGGAUCAGCCGGACCAGGACGAAGGUAGUUACCUUGCCGUCCUAUUCCUAGCCUGGGCGUAUAUCCUGUCUGCGCGGUGGGCGGAGAUCAUGGCGAGGGUGUCCGGGUCAUCCAUCCGACGGGCACCUCACGAUCACUAUCCCGCUGCAAUCGAGCUUGGCUACAAUACCGACGCCGACGAAACAAACUGGGGGAGAUCCAUCCUCUCCGGAACCAGUGGCAGGAGCCCAAGAACAGCAGAGUACAACCACCGGCCCUACCUCUCCCCCUGGUCCGUCAACCUCACAAAAACAUCCCGCAUCGCUAUCACAGACCACCAACCCCGCGUACCUAAACCCACCCAGCCCCCGCCACCAUCAUCCCACACAACUCUAGAAUACCUCACCCGCUUCAGCACCCACCACCGCCUCCACGCCCAAACCUCAGCAGCCCUAGCAGCAGCCCUCUACAUCCCAUUCCUCCAGGGAAAGGGAAAAGCAAUCCCCCCCUCAACCCCCGGCCAACCCCUUCCCCUGUACCCACCGCCACUCCCCACUCCCACACAAACCCAAGCCAACGAAAACCCCAACCCCAUCGCAACCCACGCCCUCCUCCCAUAUUACAUGACCCUCAGCACAAGCCCAUGGGGCAUCUGCUCCCUCCUGCACAGCACAUUCUUCAAUCGCGACAUUGAGUGCAAUGUCGUCAGCGCGUGGCUCAACCCCGCCUUCGCGAUCAUCGAUCCGCUCCUUCACGCGAGUAACCUGCCCGCGCUGCUGCGCGUCCUCGCGCGUAGAGCGCCCCAACUCGGGGGCUUAUGGGUCGGUGCAUUUAUUGUAAACGUUGCUGGAUCCAUUCUCCGGGAUGUGCGGAAUGGGAUGGCGGCGCUGGAUUUGGAUGCUGCUGCGUGGACUGGGGGGGAUGUCUCGUUUCUCACGGCGAGGACAGAGGUGAGCGAAGGGGGUAUCGUUCGGCGGGAGGAUGAGUGUCGGUUGCUGUUUUUGACGAGUCACGAGGGAGAGGGAGAGGGAGUGGCUUGGAGUAGAGCGCCGGUUCAUCCGUGGAAACCUUUGGGGGUGACGGUGCUGGGUGAGGCUGAGAUGCAGGUGCGGAUGCAUGCGUCCUGUGGGUGUCACUGUUUGGAGUAUCGGGGGUGGAGGUGGGGGCUUGUCGAUGGUGGGGAGAUUGAGGAUGCUGGUGUAGGGCUUGUGGGGGAUUGUAGGGUUGAGUCAGGGGGGUGUGAUGUACUAGACCAGCGUCAAUUCGAGCUGCUUGAUCCUGAGGCACUGGGUUCAGAGGCGCUGUCGGAGGUGGCUACGCGUGGGAUCUUCGGCUGGCUGCGCUCGAGGGGGUAUCCUGCGAGCGAGAGGGCCAUUUAUCAGCACGAGUGGGUGGAUCUGGCGAGUUCGGACGAUGAGCAUGAGCAGGGACAGGAGGUGGAGGAUGUCGCAUCUGGUGCUUCUGAGGGGAGGAUAGGCUCCCGUGGAGUCAUCCAUGAAUGGCUUGGCGAUUGUGUAUAGACCAGAGUGAGACUAGCGAGUGCAAGGACUGUAGAACUGGGAAUU